UCCCGUGGGCCCCUUUAAGGGAAGCUGUGAUGAGGAUGAUGCCGGGCUGAGAAAGCAGAAACCUGGCCGGGAAGCCCAGCCCUCCCUUUCCCCGUUUCCCCUCCCUUAAUGCUUCUGUGACAUUCAGCAAAGAAGAGAGAGAUGAACCUGGAAGGAAGGGAGGAGGAAGAGCCUCUGAAUGCAAGCAGAUGGAAAGGAGGGAGGUCUCUCCAGAUGGGCUGAGGAGAAGGAGAAGAAGCAGAGAAAGGCCCUCUCUUCUUAUCUAUCCAUCCCUCCAUCCUUAGACAACACAAACACACACCCCUGGCUUGCUUAGUGACUGACAGGAUGGAGGAGAAAUCAGUUUCUGCUGCAGCUCUUGCAAAAAGGACUUGAGGCAUCAGCUGUCUCUCUCUCUUUCCGCAGUCUUUGGCAAAAAGAGGCCAGAAGUGGUCCAUGCCCACAUCCUUUGAAAGAGCCAGCAUCCCUCUGUUUUCAGCAUCCCUUCCUCUCUCUCUCUCUCUCUCUCAGCAUCCUUUGUCUCUUCGCUGCAGCUCUGAGGGGAUUUGCAGGGCUGGUGCUUUGCUAUAUAUAUUAUUUUUGCAACAGGAAAACCUGGACACACCUAUGUCCGCAGCUUGGGGGAAAGCAGAGGCUGCACCGAAGGAGCCAAGAGGCGCUCCCUGAUUUGGCAUCCAAGCAAAGGAAGGCAGAGCCCGGCAACUAUGGCUGAGAAGACCCUGGACCCCGCCUGCGUCUCCAUCGCCUUGGAGGACGCCGUCUGCAACUCGGGGGCCCAGGAUGCCCCUCUUUUGACCACUCACUUGAAGAAGGUGGAGAACCACAUCACGGAUGCCCAGCGCUUCUCCCACCUCCCCAAACGCUCCGCCGUGGACAUCGAGUUCGCCGACCUGUCCUACUCCGUCCGCGAAGGGUCCUGGUGGCGCAAGAGAGGAAAAUGCUGCAGAGAGGGAAAGGAUGCUGCCGCCUGCCUUCGCUGGCGUUCCUGUGCUGGAUUCUCUGCCGCCGAGCGGGAGGCAGGUUACUGGCAGUCAAUGCACUGGAGUAACCUCGGCGCCGCAUCUCGCUUUGAGUGGCAGGCCAGCCGGCGCAACCGCCAUGGUGCAGCAGUGCAGGUUUCUGCAAACCUGAAGCUGAAUGAGAAGCAGGAGGUGAAGAAAGAACUGGUGAACGAAAUCUUGACGGCGCUGAGCCUCCUGGAGUGUUCUUACACCCGAACCAUGUCCCUGUCCGGAGGGCAGCGCAAGCGCCUCGCCAUUGCUCUGGAGCUGGUCAACAAUCCUCCAGUCAUGUUUUUUGAUGAACCCACCAGUGGUCUGGACAGUGCGUCCUGCUUCCAGGUGGUCUCCCUUCUGAAAUCCCUGGCCCAAGGCGGGCGCACCAUCAUCUGCACCAUCCACCAGCCCAGCGCCAAGCUCUUUGAGAAGUUUGACAAGCUCUAUAUCCUGAGCCAGGGUCAAUGCAUCUUCAAGGGAGCCGUGCCCAACCUCAUCCCAUACCUAAAAGGGCUGGGCCUUCAUUGUCCCACCUACCAUAACCCAGCAGAUUUCAUUAUCGAAGUGGCUUCCGGAGAGUAUGGCGACCUCAACCCGCUCUUGUUCCAAGCGGUCCAGAAUGGCCUGUGUGCCAUGGCAGACAAGAAGAGCAGCCCAGACAAAGUGGAUGCCUCUUGCCCGGGACCGUGUGUGGCGGAUCUGGACCACAUCGAGAGCCACACGUUUGCUACCAGCACCUUGACCCAGUUCUGCAUUCUCUUCAAGAGGACCUUCAUCUCCAUCAUGCGAGACACGGUGCUGACUCACCUGCGGUUCAUGUCCCACAUCUGCAUCGGCGUAUUGAUCGGGUUGCUCUAUUUGCACAUCGGCAACGAUGCCGCCAAGGUCUUCAACAACACGGGGUUCCUCUUCUUUUCCAUGCUCUUCCUCAUGUUCGCCGCUCUGAUGCCCACCGUCCUCACGUUCCCGCUGGAGAUGUCUGUAUUUCUGAGAGAGCACCUCAAUUACUGGUACAGCCUGAAGGCCUAUUUCCUGGCCAAAACCAUGGCAGAUGUUCCUUUUCAGGUCAUUUGCCCCAUCACGUACUGCAGCAUCGUCUACUGGAUGACGGGACAACCUCCUGAAGCCACACGCUUCCUCCUUUUCUCUGCACUUGCCACCUCCACCGCUCUGGUGGCCCAGUCCUUGGGGCUCAUGAUUGGAGCGGCAUCCACCUCUUUGCAGGUGGCCACAUUCGUGGGUCCCGUGACCGCCAUCCCGGUCCUUCUCUUCUCUGGCUUCUUUGUGAGCUUCAAGACCAUCCCAACAUAUUUGCAGUGGAGUUCCUACGUCUCUUAUGUCAGGUAUGGUUUUGAAGGCGUCAUCCUCACCAUCUACUCCUUGGAGCGUGAAGAGUUGGAGUGCAAGCUGCCCGAGUGUCCCUUCAAGGACCCCAUGAAGAUCCUCAAGGAGCUGGACGUGGAGGAAGCCAAGCUCUACCUGGACUUCAUUGUCCUGGGGAUCUUCUUCAUCUGCCUCCGGCUCCUGGCCUACCUCACCCUCAAGUACAAGGUGAAAUCCGAAAGAUAGGAAGGAGAACUUGGGGACACUUUGGGCGGACACCGUGGGAUGGGCGACAAAACAUUUCCCGGAAAACAAUGGGCAGAGAAGGGGCUCGUCGGAUCUUUGGGGAGAGAACGACCAGCUGAGAAGACUUGACGGAGAUGUCUCCAAACAGUUUUAACUUUUCCAAGCAUUGCAGAUUGGUCUCUCUUUCUCUUUCUCUCAGUGUUUUGGUACAAUUCUGGAACGUGUCAAAACUUUCUUCCCAGAGCAAUAUCAGUCGGAAGGAACUUGCGACCUCCGCAAAAAUCCACAUUAAUAUCUUCACGGAACAUUGUCUCAAAGGGACGCUAACCAACAAGGAAGCUUGGUUUCUGGUCCAUUGGGAAGAAGAUGGAAAGGGCGAUAACAGUGUUUUUUGGCGAGGGGGGGAUGCUAGGAUCUAUAGGCGGGUGGGAAAGCAGGGGUGGAGAAAUCCUCUACAAAGCACAGUUUUCUAGCACCGUUUGCCCCAGUGCCAUUUUUGACUUGCUCGCUUUCACAGACAUUGACUUGUAGCAUGUGUCUCAAUAUUACGAAACCGAGAGCCGUAUUAGGAGUGUUGCACAAGGCUUUGAAUGCUUACCAUAACCAUAGAAGGGGAGGGAGGGGCGUUUUGAGUCUUCCCUGCCCCUUAUUUCCCUUCCCAAAAAUCUCUGGUGUUUGUAGGAGAAACUUAAUGUGGGAUUGAGAAUUGCAAGCAGGACAAAAAAGGUCAGCUCCCCAGAACUUGGAAAACUCUCAUUUUAAAACUGCAUAAUUUAACAGCCAGCAUAAACUGCAAAAAAAAAAAAAAAAAAGUGGCCAAGGGAUUCUGCGAAUUGCAAUCCCCAGAAAAGUAUAUUUUCCAGAGUUUGUGCAUAUAGGUUGAAGCUGGGCUUAGAUGUAUUGUAGCACUUUGGAGACCUGCAGACUGUGGUGCGUCAGAGAUGGUCGUGAUUCUGCCAAAGCGCAGAACGUUGUGCCGAAUGUGGCAUCGUCAACUUCUUGAGAAUCUCCUCUUUGGCUUAUUGGAAAAGCAGAGGGGCAUGAUUCUCUAAAGCAGAAGAUUGGAAAUCGUGGUGCGAAGCUGUAAAAGAAAUGCUGCAAAAGGAAAUGGGAGGUGCAAAUCGGUCAAAUAAUUAUACAUAGGUUGCCGAAUUUACUUUUACUUGGCAUGGAAAUCUAACCAAAGCAUGAGCAGAAUGUAAGCUCAGGUUGAACAAACCCUUGGGAAUGUAUAGGCUUGAGAAAGACAAUCAUGAGUUUUGAGAUGAAUGACAUAGAGAACAGUUUGAAAACUAUGAAAGUUGGUGAACAAAUUAUUUCUCUAGAGACCUCAAAUGACCUAUUUUCACCCUAUUUCCAGCCUUCCUAGUCACUCCCUGGUGGCACAGUGGUUAAACUGCUGAGCUGCUGAACUUGCUGAUUGAAAGGUUGGUGGUUCGAAUCCGGGGAGUGGGGUGAGCUCCCGCUGUUAGCCCCAGCUUCUGCCAACCUAGCAGAUCGAAAACAUGCAAAUGUGAGUAGAUCAAUAGGCACCACUUCUGUGGGAAGGUAACGGCACUCCAUGCAG